GGAAGGUAAGCACUACUUUUGAAUUGAAAGAAGUUCCUGUUGGCGCUGAUUUUUUUUAAACCAGCCAGCUGCUCCAUGGAGGAAAGCACCAGUUCCUGGUCGAAAGCACCACGGCCAUCUACCCAGCUUCCGGGUCCUAACACAGAGCAAGAAGGAGGUAUUAGGGUUAACAGAACAGAUAGAACACCAACAAAGCCUAAGCCUGUCAGAUAUGUAGAUUCAACAACUUCACUUAAAACCCCAGUCAGGGCUCCAUCUAGAACAAUGGCAAAUACGGGUACUCCUAGAUCUACAAGGAAAGCAACUAGGCCGAACUCAGAGUGCAGUUCUACUCAAUGCACGCCAACUAAAAGCGUGAGUAAGCCGCCAAAUCCGGGCUUGUAUCUAACUAGCGCCUCCAGGCUCCCGGCUAACGGGGGCGCUCGAAUGACCAGUUACAUGCCACUGUCUAAGGGGCUCGUAGUUAGCUCUAGUUCACCGAAUGUUGUUAAUACCGUUGAUGUGCCACAUUUUGAACUCAAGGAAGAUCCAUCUUUCUGGAUGGAGCACAAUGUACAGGCGUUGAUACGUGUGCGGCCUCUUAAUAGCAUGGAGAAAGGUAGUAAUGGAUAUAAUAGGUGCUUGAAGCAGGAGAGUGCACAGUGCAUUACCUGGAUUGGGCAUCCUGAAACCCGGUUUACCUUUGAUCAUGUGGCUUGUGAAUCACUAGAUCAGGAAACCCUUUUCAGGAUCGCUGGUUUGCCCAUGGUGGAAAACUGUUUGUCGGGAUAUAAUAGCUGUAUUUUUGCUUAUGGACAGACCGGAAGUGGGAAGACUUACACGAUGCUAGGUGAGAUAGAAGAGCUAGAAAUCAGGCCAAGCCCCCACCGUGGAAUGACACCACGCAUAUUUGAAUUCUUGUUUGCGAGGAUCAGACUGGAAGAGGAAAGCCGAAGGGAAGAGAGGUUGAAAUACAGCUGCAAAUGUUCUUUUCUAGAGAUAUAUAAUGAACAAGUUACAGAUCUUCUGGAUCCUUCAUCCACAAAUUUGAUGUUACGUGAAGAUACCACAAAGGGUGUAUAUGUUGAAAACCUAUCUGAAUUUGAAGUUCAAACAGUUGGAGAUAUUCUCAAGCUUUUGAGUCAGGGAUCUUCUAAUAGAAGAGUUGCUGCAACAAACAUGAACAGAGAAAGCAGCCGAUCCCACAGUGUCUUUACCUGCGUGAUUGAGAGCAGUUGGGAAAAAGAUUCCACCUCCAACUUCCGUUUUGCAAGACUCAAUCUGGUUGAUCUUGCUGGUUCUGAGAGGCAAAAGACUUCUGGUGCCGAGGGUGAACGUCUAAAAGAAGCAGCGAAUAUCAACAAAUCAUUAUCAACGUUAGGACACGUGAUAAUGGUUCUAGUUGACAUUGCACAUGGAAGACCAAGGCAUAUUCCUUACAGAGAUUCAAGAUUGACAUAUCUUCUUCAGGACUCUCUUGGGGGGAACUCAAAAACAAUGAUCAUAGCCAAUGUUAGCCCUUCCAUCUGUUGUGCUGCUGAAACACUCAACACAUUGAAGUUUGCUCAGCGGGCAAAACUCAUUCAGAACAAUGCUUUUGUGAAUGAAGACUCAUCAUCAGAUGUUGUGGCAUUGCAACACCAGAUUAGACUUUUGAAGGAGGAGCUCUCUUUGCUGAAACGUCAGAACAUUUCCCGCUCAUUGUCAUUUAAUGCAGCAGGUAAUGGACAAAGGCAGGAUGAGUCCUACAACAUUCUGACAACAUCAGCUCAGCAGUUGAAAUCACUGGAAACUACACUAGCUGGAGCUUUGAGGAGGGAACAGAUCGCUGAAUCAUCUAUCAGACACUUUGAAGCAGAAAUCGAGCAACUGACCCGCCUGGUUUCCCAGAGAGAGGAAGACACCAGGUCCACAAAGAUGAUGCUCAAAUUUAGGGAAGACAAAAUUUAUAGGAUGGAGUCUCUUCUCAAUGGAUUAAUACCAUCUGAUACAUAUCUGCUGGAAGAAAACUGUGCACUUGCUGAAGAACUCAAGUUGGUUCGGGCUAAAGUAGACAAAAAUCCUGAAGUAACUCGCUUCGCCCUUGAAAAUAUUAAGCUUUUGGAAAAACUCAGAAGAUUUCAAGAUUUUUAUGAAGAUGGGGAGAGAAAUAUGUUAUUAGCUGAAGUUUCUGAAUUGCGAGAUCAGCUACUGCUCUCUCUUGAUGGGAACUUGAAACUUCAUCAUCAUGUUGGCAUGAAUAUUCCUUCCGAGGAAUCUAUACAUGUCAGUAAAGAAGAAACGAACUCACUCCGCGUGGAGUUAAAAGAGACUCUCUCUCAGUUAGAAGAAUGCAGGUCGAAUCUGAACACAUGCUUGGAGAAAAAUGCAGAACUCAGUAGAGAAAUUGAUGACUUGCGUGCUACACUUGGGGGGAGGGGAUCUUCAGUUUUAGAUAGUGGUGCUGAAGUUAUAAAGGAAUCUAUAUCAGAAGCUCCUCUGAACAACUACCAAUCCGUGGUUAUAGCUCAGGAAGAGAAGCCAGACAUAAGCUUUGAUAAAAUGAUUCUCAGCUUGUCAGAAAAGAUCAUUGACUUGCAAUUAGAGUUGGACAUUUCAAAAGUUCUCCUUCAAGAAGAAAAGUCAUCGCAGAAUGAAGUGGAGGAAAGGGCACUGUCUUGGAAAAGUGAUCUAGAGUUAUCAAAAAAUCACAUUCUGUUAGUAAGAAAGCAAUAUAAAGAUGUCCAGGAAGAACUUGAGGAAGCAAAGUCCAUCAUUGAGGCUCUUGAGUCUCAACAAAUUGAAGCAAUUAAUGAGCUGGAGGAUCUCAGAAACAGUAACAAUUGCUAUGCAGAACUUCUGCACAAACAGGAACUUGAAAUCUCUUCUCUAAAGGAGAAGGCCUUUUCUCAAGAUCUCUCAUCCUUUAAAGUCAUAGAAAGUGAGUAUUCUCCUUUGCAAGCCAAGCUCCAAAAGAUGGAAAAUUCUCUUGAGAAGGCAAGAACACUGAACACAUGGUACCAAAGUGACAAUGCUUUACAAGCAUCAAAUGCAGAAGAAAUGGAUGAAAUACGAAGGCAAGUCGAGGGUGAAACUGCUGAAGUGAUUCUUUGCCUUCAAGAAGAACUUUCUCUUCUUCAACAAGAAGUCCAGGCUAGUCAAUUGAAGCAAAUGGAUAGUCAUGAUAGGUUGACUCAAUUACAGUUAGAAAUUAAAGAACUUGAAGGAAAAAAUGAUCUGAUCACUGAGGAUAACAGAAUAUUGAGAGGAGCUUAUGAAAAAAAAGAGAGAGAAUAUCAAAUUCUGCUUGAAGAACUGGAGCAAGUAGACAAAGAGAUGGCACAAAUUCUUGGUGGGGGACAAGCUUCCCUGGAAGAUGCAUCUGAUCAACUUGAUUUAAUAACCACUUCACUUCCACAAAAACGAGCAAGUCGGGUAUCAGAUCAUUUUGGGAGGAUGGGGAAAUACAUUUUCGAAAAGGAUUUACUUAUAGAAGAUCUAAACCGGAGUCUUCAUGAAGCUCUUGACAAAAGAAAUGAUGUUGAAUCCAUGCUGAGGUCUUUAAGAGGAGCAGUUUUGGUUAUGACUGAAGCUCACCAGCAACAGUGCAGCAUCAAGGAUGAAGAGAUCAUUCUGUUGACAUCACAACUGAACUCUAAAAUACAUGCUAUCUCAGAGAUUGAGAACAAAGUCAAACAACUGGAGGGUCAACUAAGGGGAACAUCCACUUGUGCCACGUCAGCUUUUGUGGUUGUUAACUGGUUGUCUGAAGCAAAUAUGCAAAAGGAUAAGUUCUUUGGAAAAGAAGCUGGCCAACAGGUAGAAUCUCUCAAGUUGGAAUUACAGGCAUCAGAGAAUACAUGCAUUGGACUUAGGAGGGAGCUGUUGGAAUAUAAGAGACAUGAAGAGCUCAUGGAAACCAUGGAAACACUUGAAGAAUUGAAAACUGGCGUUUCUAUUGUAAGCUCCUGCAUGCAUGAACAUGCAGAAAGGGAAGGGAGAUUUGAGAGAGACAACACUAUUGAAAUGCGGACAUUUGGCGAUGCAAAACAAUAUGCUGACUCCAGUAAGGAUGUGGAAACCGAACACAAAGAAGGCACUUCCCAAAUCCAUACAAGUUUAGCUGGCCAGAAGAACUUGAAGGGCACAAAUGGAAGAGAUGAUACUAUAGCUCUUCUCAAGCAGGAAAUUGUAUCUGCUCUUAAAAGCUUGAAAGAAGUGCAAGCUGAGAUAUCAAGACUACGUCUUGAGAAAGAAGAGGUCUGCAAGGCUGAAAAGCAGACUCGGGAUAGUAUUGAAUCUCUUUUUCAUCCAAUAGUUGCACUAGAUACCUCCAUAGGGUACUUUGAAGAAGAAGUCAAGCUUAAACUGGAAGAGUUGAGCGCAAAGCUGCAGAAAAUUGAAAAUGUGGCGGAGGAGCAAAGAACUUCAUGGUUUGAGCAAAAAGAGCUACUGGAAGUUGAGCUUGUAGAUGCAAUGGCAUUUUCUAUGCAGAAAACCACAGAAGCUUCAUGUAUUCUUGCCAAAUUUGCAGAAGUCCAAGAAACCGUGAAAGACACAAACACAACUAUGAGAGAGUUGAUGAUAUCACAUGAUGCUUUGAUGGUUGAUAGAAAAGAGCUAAAGGAAAAGGAGGCAAAAGUAAAAAAGCAUAGGGACUUUCUAGUUAAUGAAAAUCAACGCAUGCAGUUUACCAAUGAUCUAAUGGACUCGCAUAUUCGCAGGCUUGAGAAAGACUUCCAAUCUGAUUUAUCAAUGGUAACAAUGCAGGUAUUGGACUUGGAAGUUAUAUUAUCAAAUGCCAAUAGCUCUGGGAAAGAAGAGUUUACUUCAGUGGCCUCUGACUUCGUUAGCAUAAAAUCUGACCUUCAUGCUGCUACUGAAUUGAUGAGGUCAUGGAUUGAAGAUAUCUGGUAUGAGAUUAUUCUCAAGGAUUUUUCCCUGACUAUCUUUCACCUCUGCCACUCUGGGAUUCUCUUAGAAGCAAUAAACGGAUUAAAUGCAGAAAAUGCUCUAAUCCAUCAUGGCCUGCGCGAAUCAAAUUCUGCAAUAGCUGAAUUGAGAAACCACAAUUUGAAAGUUAGACAAGAGCUUCAAAUGUCAAGGACUCUCGAAGGGAAGCUUAUGGCCGAUAUCAGAGGCACUUUUGAUCUUAUUUCUAGGAAAGAACACGAAACUAGUGAGUUCACAUUAAAGCUUGCAACUUUUGAGAAGAAAAUGAUUGAUCUACAGCUUCAGGAGGAGUUAAUGCUGAGGACAUCUGAUCACUUGGGGUCAGAGUUGGCUGAAUUGGUGACAGAGAUGGAUCUUAACAACCAGAAUGUGUCCGCAUCCCUUCAGGAGGCACGAGAAGCCUCAGAAUCUGUAGAAGAUGAUUUAAUUACAAAGGAUAUUGAGGUGUUCAUCUUGUCAAUGAAGUUACAGGAAAUGGCUGCCUUCAUAUCUAAUUUUGAGAAAAUGAAUGAGAUUAAUUCUGAAGCUGCUGAGAACCUAAAGAGAGGAAUGGUUCUUCAUAACCUGGAUGCAUCAAUCAAAGAAGCAGUAUUGGCUGACAAGGAAACUGAAGUUUCUAUUUCUAGAAAGUUAGUUGAAGAAUCAGGUAAGAAACACCAGAAACUGUUGUUAGAUCUUAAUGAGAAAUCAUUAACAAUGAAGGAUAUUGCCUGCUCAAAUGAAUCAUUGAAAAGUGAACUUGUUCAAAUGGCUGGAACUAAGGUCUACUUGCAAUCACAGGUUCAGAACCUUGACUCUGAACUAGAGAAAGUAGUGGAAGAAAUGAAGAUUAAGGAUUCAGACCUUGAAAAAUCUUUAAGUCAAAUCUCUGACCUUCAUCAACAAAACCAGAUGCUGCAGAGUAAAGUUUUAUCACUCGAAGAAGCAUCACGUAGACUCCAGAAAGAGUUGAAAAUGAAAGACACUGCUGAUGGUGAUAGAUUGCUAGAUACUGUUUUUUCAUCAUUCUUAAAGAAAUUUGAUGAAUUAGCGGGAGGAUUCCAAAAAGUAUGCAGCAAUGUGGAAAACUCACCUAGGUUCGUGGAAGAGUUCGAGGUAUUAGAGAAUCUUGCAAAGGAGAUUGUUUCCCAAAACCUUUCCCUUGAUAAUGAGUUGUGCAGGAAAGAUGACAUUCUAAAGGGGUUAUUGUUUGACCUGAGCUUACUGCAGGAGUCAGUCUCUAAUACCAAGGACCAAAAGGAUGAAAUUGAAAACUUAGUUUCAUCUUUACGUGUUUUGGAAAAUGAAUUAGAGCUGAAGUCAUGUCAACUUGAUGACAUUGUUUCUAAGAGUCUCAAGCUUGAGGCUCAGUUGCAGGAGAACAAGGCCAUACUUUUAGAUUUAGAGUCAGAUGCAUUGAGAAAAUGUAAGGAUGUAGAAUUACUCUCUAGGAAAAACGAUGAACUAUUAGAUAGCAUCAAGGAUGCUGUAGAAGAAAGAGCUUCAAUGCAGGAGGAAUUGAUGGAAAAAAGCAAGUUGUGUGAAAAUCUAGAGAAUGAAUUCUCUGGAAUGGAGUCUGCUCUCCUAGAAAUGAACAAUGCAAUUGAAUCUCUACAGAGAAACUUGAAUCUGAUUACUUGUGAGAGGGAUGAACUCAGUCAAGAACUUGCUGUUUUGAAGAGGGAGCUUGAAAUGGCACGAGCGCUUGCUGAGGAAAAUGAAGUGGUUGCUGUCGAAGCUAAAGAGCUAGCAGAAACCAGAAAACUAUAUGCUGAAGAGAAAGAAGAAGAGGUCAAAUUAUUAGAACGGUCUAUUGAAGAAUUAGAGUGCACGGUAAAUGUGCUUGAAAACAAGGUUGACAUUGUCAGGGAAGAAGCUGAACGACAACACUUGCAGAGAGAAGAACUUGAAAUGGAACUGCACGCUAUCAAGCAACAGAUGCUUGGCAUUAAAAGCAGUGAUAACACUGAUGUGAAAAGGAAUUUGGUUGAGAAGGACAAGAGUCUUCUAGAAGAAACUUGUCAGCGCAUCCAAAUCCUUGAGAAAGAAAUAGCUAUGAGGGAUUUUGAAAUUUCUCAAUGCAAGGCUCAUAUAUCUGAGUUGAAUUUGCAUUCUGAGGCACAGGCCCGUGAGUACAAGGAAAAGUUCAGGACGUUGGAAGCAAUGGCUGAGAAUGUGAAGUUGGAAGUCCAUGCCACCACCCAAGGCUCCAAUUCCUCAUGCAGCAAAUUGGAGAAAAAUGGUUUGGUGAAGCCCAGAGGUUCUGGCUCUCCUUUUAAAUGCAUUGGAAUAGGAUUGGCUCAGCAAUUGAAGUCUGAGAGGGAUGAGGAACUAACAGCAGAAAGAUUUCGGAUUGAAGAGCUAGAGGCUCUAGCUGCUAGCAGGCAAAAAGAGAUAUUCGUGCUUCAUUCGAGAUUGGCUGCUACUGAAAGCAUGACCCAUGACGUGAUACGCGACCUUUUGGGACUCAAAUUAGACAUGAAUAACUGUGUGACCUUGCUGGAUAACAACCAAGUGCAAAUAUUAGCAGAGAAGGCUCAGGCUCAGAAUGUAGAUGUUCUAGCUAAGGAGCAGCAGGAAGUAUCUAAGCUGAAGCAACAGUUGAAUGAAUUUGUUGAGGAGAGGAAAAUAUGGGUUGAAGAAAUUGAGAAAAAACAAGCUCAAAUGGUGGCUACAAAGGUUGCAUUAGAGGAGUUGCAUGAGCGGGAUCAAUUGCUUACAACUGAAAAUGAAAUCAUCAAGAGGGAGAACAUUAAUCACAAGAAGAGGGUAAUAGAACUUGAAGCUGAAGUAAAGAAACUAGCUGGCCAGCAAAACCUCCAGCAGCGCAUUCAUCAUCAUGCUAAAAUCAAGGAAGAAAACACAUUGCUGAGGAGUCAGAAUGAUGAUCUUAGUUUCAAGCUGAGUAAAACAGAGGCCAUUCUUUCACGCGUUCGGGAAGAGCUUGCUCACUUCCGUGCAUCUUUUAAUGGGAGAUGCCCCCAAAUCAAUUUGGACGAGGAGCAGCAGUUGAAGACUAAAUUGAAGGAAAAAGAAGAAGAUGGAGUACAAUUGGCUGAGAAGUUACGAGGCUUGUGCUCUAGUGUGUUGAAAGCUGCUGGGAUAAAAAGAAGAGCAGUAGCAACAUCAUCUUCUGAGGAGGUUAGUCUGGUGUACAUGGCUGAAGAAGCACUUGAACAGCUUAAGAACAGAGUUGUUUCACUGGAGAAUGAAUUACGCGAUUUUAAACUCAAGAGACUGUCUGAGAUGAUGCCCCAACCCCAGCCGGUGUCUUCAGGUAGAAGAAGUUCAAUGGCAGAUGAGAAUGGUCAAAACUACCCAAAUAGAGCAAUUCUCACUGCUUUAAACAGAUGAUGAUGUCAAAGAUGGGGUUUUGUUUAUUGGAAAGAUUGGUUAGCUGUCCGCUAGCGAAAAGAAGAGAGGCCAACCGUGGAUGGUUAUUGUAAAUAUAGUUUGUUUUGUACCUGCCUACGUCCAAUGUGAGAAAACAUUAAUGAUUUAUGUCUAUAGUGUACAUCCCAUCUGUUAUACUGCAUAGGAUUUCUGGCUCUCAGAAAUACAAGAAUACAAUAUGUACAAAAACUCAUUUUUCAUAGCAAAAGAUAGUAUGUUUGUCUUGUGUAGUGUAGAUAUUGAUAACUAAAUUAGUGUUGUAUGAUAAUGGAUCAGAAUGCUAUAAUUUCUUUUUUAGCUUUUAAUUAAUUCAAACACGAUGUUCAACA